AUGGUGAACAUGUCAGAUUUUCAUUUAUCAGUGGUUAUCGGUAAUAUUAUUGGUUCGGGCAUUUUUAUUUCACCGAAAGGAGUUCUUGAGCAUUCUGGGUCAGUGGGACUCGCACUCAUAAUAUGGAUACUUGGAGGUGGGAUCUCAGCGCUUGGGUCCCUCUGUUACGCUGAAUUGGGAGUUACCAUCCCUAAAUCAGGAGGCGACUACUCCUACGUCACUGAGAUUUUCGGUGGAUUAGCUGGAUUUCUGCUGCUAUGGAGCACAGUGCUUAUCAUGUACCCAACUAGCCUGGCUGUUAUUGCUUUGACUUUUUCUAACUAUGUGCUACAACCAAUGUUUCCCAAUUGCAUCCCGCCCUACAAAGCUUCACGAGUCCUUUCCAUGGUGUGUUUAUCACUGUUGACUUGGGUGAACAGCUCCAGUGUUCGGUGGGCCACACGAAUCCAGGACAUCUUCACAGGAGGAAAACUUUUGGCUUUGGCUCUUAUCAUAACUGUUGGCUUUGUGCAGAUCUUCAAAGAAAACUAUGAAGCAUUAAUACCAAGCAAUGCAUUCAGCUUCUGGAUGACCCCAUCUGUGGGACAUUUGGCGCUAGCAUUUCUCCAAGGUUCCUUUGCAUUCAGUGGGUGGAAUUUCUUAAAUUACGUGACAGAAGAACUGGUUGAUCCACGCAGGAAUCUACCCCGUGCCAUAUUUAUCUCCAUUCCCCUGGUGACUUUUGUAUACACCUUCACCAAUAUUGCAUAUUUCACGGCCAUGUCACCCCAAGAACUCCUGUCUUCCAAUGCUGUGGCGGUCACAUUUGGUGAGAAGUUACUGGGCUAUUUUUCCUGGGUUAUGCCAGUGUCUGUGGCAUUGUCUACAUUUGGAGGAAUAAAUGGAUACCUUUUUACCUCCUCAAGGCUGUGUUUUGCUGGUGCCCGAGAAGGUCAUUUACCAAGUCUUCUGGCCAUGAUCCAUGUCAAAAAUUGCACUCCAAUCCCUGCUCUCGUUAUUUGCUGCCUGUCUACUGCGGUCAUCAUGCUGGUUGGAGACACCUACACGUUAAUUAACUACGUGUCCUUCAUCAACUACCUCUGCUAUGGAGUGACAAUAAUAGGCCUGCUUGUGCUACGGUGGAAACAGCCUCAGAUCUUCAGACCCAUCAAGGUAAACCUCCUGGUUCCAAUCACUUACCUGAUCUUUUGGGCCUUUCUCUUAAUCUUCAGUUUUUAUUCUGAGCCAGUGGUCUGUGGCAUUGGACUGAUUAUCAUCUUAACUGGAGUGCCAGUGUUUUUUCUUGGCGUAUACUGGCAAAACAAACCAAAGUGUGUAAAUAGAAUAACAGAAUCUUUAACCCACUGGGGCCAGAAGAUCUGUUUUGUUGUCUAUCCUCAGAAGGGACCUCCUGAAGACGAUCUACCUUUCACCGAUUAUCCCUCUCAAGAAGUCAAAAGACCUUAAAAAAAACAAUGAUACUUUUUACAGAAUAAGUAGAUUUUGUUUACAUUAUGGCAUAUUUUUUUUGGACUGGGGAAAGGAAAGAACCUUGAUUUGGUUUUUUGUUUUUUUAAAAAAAAAUUUUUUAAGAAAUGAGGACCGUCAUUUGGACAACUCUAGGAGACGCCCUAAAAGUGUUUAGCUCUUUAUCCUGAAAAGGACAAAAAUAAAAGUAAAAUGAGGCUAGUGGGUUUUUUUUUUCACGGCGCAUUUUACAUGUAAGUUGAAAUGGCCAGGUAUAAAAAAAUAUUGCUACCAGCCACCUGUUAUGAAAGACAGCAAAGCUUUUGUGAAGUUUCUGCAAAUUCCCCAAAGGAGGAACUCUCCUCUGGCUCUUCUCUGGAAAUCGAACACAUCUUUAAGGAAACACCAUGGCUGGUUAUUACGGUCCUUUAUUCAGUACUUCGGUAGUUCUCAGCCUUUUUUUUUUUUUUUUUCACCAUGGACCCCCUUUAAAUACCUUUUGUGGCCACAAACCACCAAGACUCACAAUUAACUCACAAUUUAAGCCAUAACAUUUCUUCAACCCUUCGUGGACCCCGUGAUGACAUUGUGCCCCCACCCGGGGUCUGCAGACAACAGGUUGAGAAUCACUGCAGCAGGGGUGGGAUGAUCCCAGCAACCGGUUCGCUGCCUGGUUGCUGGGUAGGCUUGGCCUACCGGAACUUUCGGUGGGGCCAUUUUCCCCCUUCCCGAGGGUCCAGAGGCUUCCCUUGGGCCUCUGGGAGAGCGAAAACAGCCUCCACCUGAGCUCUGGAGGCCUUCCGGAAUUUGGAAAUAGGCCCGUUU